UCCCCGCGGAUUCCCGCCAUGGGCGCCCGAGCGCUGCUGCUGCUUCUGCUGCUGCUGCCAGUGGCCAGCGCCUCGGAAGCUGAGCACCGCCUGUUUGAUUACCUGUUUGAGGAUUACAACGAGAUCAUCAGACCUGUGGCCAACGUGUCCGACCCAGUCAUCAUUCAGUUUGAGGUGUCCAUAUCUCAGCUGGUGAAGGUGGAUGAAGUAAACCAGAUCAUGGAGACCAACCUGUGGCUCAAGCAAAUCUGGAAUGACUACAAGCUAAAAUGGACGCCCUCUGACUACGAAGGGGUGGAGUUCAUGCGCGUCCCCGCGGAGAAGAUCUGGAAGCCAGACAUUGUCCUGUACAACAAUGCUGUUGGGGACUUCCAGGUGGACGACAAAACCAAAGCCCUGCUCAAGUACACUGGGGAAGUGACCUGGAUGCCCCCGGCCAUCUUUAAGAGCUCGUGCAAAAUCGAUGUGACCUACUUCCCAUUCGAUUACCAAAACUGCACCAUGAAGUUUGGUUCCUGGUCUUAUGACAAGGCAAAAAUCGACCUGGUCCUGAUCGGCUCCUCUAUGAAUCUCAAGGACUACUGGGAGAGCGGUGAAUGGGCCAUCAUCAGAGCCCCGGGCUACAAACACGACAUCAAAUACAACUGCUGCGAGGAGAUCUACCCGGACAUCACGUACUCCCUGUACAUCCGCCGCCUGCCCCUGUUCUACACCGUCAACCUCAUCAUCCCCUGCCUGCUCAUCUCCUUCCUCACCGUGCUCGUCUUCUACCUGCCCUCCGACUGCGGGGAGAAGGUGACCCUCUGCAUCAACGUGCUGCUCUCCUUGACCGUGUUCCUCCUGGUGAUCACGGAGACCAUCCCGUCCACCUCGCUGGUCAUCCCCCUGAUCGGGGAGUACCUCCUCUUCACCAUGAUUUUCGUCACCCUGUCCAUCGUCAUCACGGUCUUCGUGCUCAACAUGCACUACAGAACCCCGACCACGCACACGAUGCCCACGUGGGUCAAAGCCGUGUUCCUGAACCUGCUCCCCAGGGUCAUGUUCAUGACCAGGCCGAGCGGCGGCGGCGAGGGGGCCCCUCAGAAGCCAAGGUCCUUCCACAACGCCGAGCUCUCCAACCUGAACUGCUUCAGCCACGCCGACUCCAAAGGCUGCCGGGAAGGUCGCCCCUGCCGGGGCGGGCUGUGCGCUUACUGCCACCACAGCAGGGUGAAAGUGUCGAAUUUCAGUGCCAACCUCACAAGAAGCUCCAGCUCGGAGUCUGUCGAUGCCAUGCCGCCCCUCUCUGCCUUGUCGCCAGAAAUCAAAGAAGCCAUCCAAAGUGUCAAGUACAUUGCUGAAAACAUGAAAGCACAGAACGUCGCCAAAGAGAUUCAAGACGAUUGGAAGUAUGUCGCCAUGGUGAUUGACCGUAUCUUUCUGUGGGUUUUCAUCCUCGUGUGCAUCUUAGGGACCGCAGGACUGUUUUUGCAGCCCCUGAUGGUCCGGGAUGAUGCAUAACCCCAACCUAUGCUCACCUGAGGCCCAGCUGUGUGUUGAGGAAGGGGGCACUUUCUUUCCAGCACCUCACUUUGCUAUCA